AUGGACUCGCGAAUCAAUACAGUGAAAAUAUUUAGCCCUUUAUUAUUUUUCUGGCGCAUUUUGGGUUUCACCACCAGCUGCAAUAAGUACCUCAUCGGCCUCUACGACGUAUUUGUGACCAUCGUCGUCUCUCUCGCCUUUCCUGCGCAUUUAAUUCUGGGCGCAAUAUUUACUGACGAGCGAGAGGACAUUUUCAGCAAUUUAGCAAUUGGCAUUUCCUCAAUUGCCUGCACAAUUAAACAUUUCAUGCUACGUCCGCACUUGAAACGAAUUGUUGCUUUGAAUAAAACUUUCCAACAAUUAGAUGAACGAGUGCGAAGUGAUGAGGACACCCACUACUACAUAAAAUAUAUGCGCAACCGUUCAGUUUUUAUGAUGCGUUUUUACGUCUACGUUUACUUCUCGGUGGGCGUCAUGGCGGUGCUUUCAGCUUUGUGGACUGGAAAAAUACUAUACCCCGGAUAUGUGAUCGUGGACUGGCGCAGCACGACGUGGAAAUAUUUGGUGGUAAUGCUUUAUCAAUCGUACAGCUUCAAUAUGGAAGUCGCACAAAAUCUCACCAACGAUGCUUAUGGGCCAAUAGUUUUAUGCCUACUCGCCGGCCAUGUGCACUUGCUCUCCAGGCGUGUUGCGCGUAUAGGUCAUGAGAUCACAAGCGAAAUGGAUGAAAACUACAGAGCACUUGUGAUUUGCAUUGAGGACUACAAACUGCUGAUGAGCCACAAAAUGCUGAUGCGUCAAAUCGACACAAUAGCCAUCUUCCGUCGCCUAUUUAUCACAUGGCGCGUACUGGGCAUCAUCUUAUGGCCAUUCAAUAAAUAUCUGCGCAUUGUCUACGAUUUGUUGAUGAACAUUUUCGUUACCUUCGGCUUUCCAUUGCAUUUGGUGCUAGGCAUCAUUUUCAGCAGUACUCAGGAGCAAUUCUUCAUCAAUCUGGUCAUCGGCAUUGCGAGCGUUUCGUGCACGUUAAAGCAUUUGUUGCUGCGAUAUCGCCUGAGUGAAAUGCUUAUGGUAAAUAAAAUUCUUGCACGUCUGGAUGAACGCGUGCACACCAAUACGGACUAUGACUACUACAAGCGCUUUAUAGAGCGCCCGUGUAAUUUUAUGAUCAAUUUCUUCACGCGCUGCUACUUCGCGGUCAGCAUAACGGCGCUUCUCACGGCCUUAGUCACCGGCGAGCUGCUCUAUCCCGCAUUUGUGCCGCUGGCCUGGCGCACCUCGAUUUCGCAAUAUAUUGUGGCCAUACUGUUUCAAUUCGCGGGCGUUUCGCUACAAAUCGUGCAGAAUAUAGCUAACGACGCUUAUGGUCCGGUGGUGCUAUGUAUGCUUUCUGGGCAUGUGCACCUGCUAGCGAAUCGGGUGUCGCGUGUUAGCCAUAGCAGCGAAGAAAACAUCGCAGAAAAUAGUAGUGAUUUGGCACUUUGCAUCGAGGAUCACAAACUGCUGCGGAGCACCUCCAACACAGUGGAGCGCAUCGUCUCGGCCAGUUAUCUGGUGCAAUUUGUUGGUGUUGGCAUCAAUCUGUGCGUUGGCCUCGUCUAUUUGCUUUUCUUCGCUGACAACUAUUUUGCCUAUGUCUACUACAGCCUACACGUAACGGCCAUAAUGAUUGAGUUAUUUCCUUGCUGCUACUUUGGCAGUAUGCUGGAAUGUGAAUUUCACGAUUUAUCUUAUGCAAUUUUUAGGAGCAACUGGCCUACUCAGCCACGCGCAUUUCGGCGGAAUGUUGUUAAUUUUACAGAGUUGACGCUAAGAGAGGUCACCCUGUAUGCUGGCGGUAUGAUACGAAUCAAUUUGGAUUCCUUCUUUGCCACAUGUAAAAUGGGGUACUCAUUCUUCACCGUUAUACAAAGCAUGAAGUAA